UGCCGGACUACAUAGGUGGCGCUUCCUGCUAAACAUUGUCCUUGCUUCGUCUGCGAGGUGCUGUUCAGUAGGGAGCUCAGUUUUAGCUCAACUAUAGGAGAGAUGGGCUUUCUCCCGGAUGAAGCGAAGGGUCUCCCUCCUCCUGCGGUUAUGAACAGGAACUCCGUGUGGCUGGGUCUGUGUGGCUGGGCCACAGCGAUGCUGGACAACAGCUUCAAACGGAGGCCUGCGCUGAGAGCGGGUGUCCACCGUCAAGCAUUAUUUGUAACCGUUGGCUGGUUCAUUGGCUACCAUUUAACCAAGCAUGAAAACUACACGUAUGCCAGGUUGGACAGAGACAUGAAUGAAUACAUGCGUCUACAUGCUGAAGACUUUCCUGAGAAAGAAAAGAAAACUUUUGCAGAGAUUGUGGAGCCGUUUCACCCCAUCCGCUGAGCAGAGCCAUCGAUGUCACAAACAUGGAGAUUUUGUGGAAGUUCUGCAUGUAGCUGUGAAGGUGCACAUACUAUGUUGAAACUUCCCCAAAUAUACAGUGUACAAUAGAUGAUUUAUUGAACAUUUUGUUUCUAAUAUUUGAUUAAACAACUUAAAACAUAA